UCGUUUCAUUCAGACGUUUCUCGGUUUAACAUACAUUUUGUUUGUUUGCAAAGCUGAAAUUGUCGAAGGAAGAAAUUCAAAUAGAAUUAGCGAGGAAAAAUGUCAAGAAUACUUAAAAUUGGACAUCACAACAACGAUAACAACCACCACAACUACAACACCAAAAAGCGUAAUGCGGUAUAAACAUUCUCCCUACGUUGCUAAUGGUGUAAAUGCUUUUUUUGAAGAAUAUCCCCAUAUGGCUAUUUUGGGAUAUGGUCCAUCAGAAAACAUCGAAUUUAAAUGCGGUGGGAGCUUAAUCAGUGAUCAAUUCAUCUUGACAGCAGCUCAUUGUUUAAAAUCAAAAGAUUUUGGACCAGUUUCCCUGGUAAGAUUAGGCGAUUUGGAUAUAGCUUCAACAACGGAACUCGCAGAACCUCAAAAUUUUAAGAUCCAAGAAGUUUUUACUCCCCCCGAUUACGAUUUUGUAUCUUUUUAUCACGAUAUAGCUCUAAUUAAAUUAGAUCGUCCGGCGAUUUAUACGAAAUUCGUAAAACCUGCUUGUUUGCAAUCAAAAUUUGAUUUAGAUCAUAACAAUUUAUCGAUAGCUGGAUGGGGAGCUAAAUAUUAUGGUGAUAAAAUGCAUAGUUAUCUUCAAAAGGCCGCUUUAUACAAUUUGCCAGCGGAAAAUUGUUCAAGAAGUAUUCCUGCACAACCGAGAUUGGCGAAUGGUUUCGAUGAAAAGUUACAGUUAUGCGGAGGAGAUCCAAUAUCAAUGGCAGAUGCAUGUCAUGGUGAUUCUGGUGGACCGAUUCAAAUAAAAAUUCAACAGUUACCGCGAAUGUAUAGGAUUGUUGGGGUUACAUCCUUUGGAAAUUAUUGCGGAUUAGUUCCUGGGGUUUAUACAAGAGUCUCCAACUAUAUUUCUUGGAUUGAAUCCAUAGUUUGGUUAAAUUAAAUAAACGUAUGUAAUUAUU